AUGGUUACAAUCAGUGAUUCUGCUCGCGGAGUUGAUCCUACGAUCACUUCGACCUUGAGCCUUGCCACCGCAUCCACUCUUCUCACCAUCCCUCUUACCCUCCAAUCUUCCACACCGUCUGCAACGCUGACACCCACCAUCUCUUCAAAUCUUCAUGUCAACGAAUCUGGAUUAAACAAAUCAACAUUACUCGUCGUUAUCAUUUCUUUCUUUUUCGGCUUGUUAUUUUUGACCGGCAUUUUCGGCGGAGUUCUUUUAUACGCGCAUGCAAAAAAUAGGAAGAGGACUCGCGAAUUCCUAUGCAGGGCCACGCAAACCGAUCCCUCACCCGAAUUUCCAGCAUUGUCAUUGUCAAAGAUUGAGAAGAUAUUGCCAAAAAGACCGGUUCAACCAAUUCCUAACAAAAAGCAGUUUACGCAAAUGCCGACCCAACGCGACGAACAGAUUCCACAACCCAAACCUUGGUUGCCAAGCUCCAAGGCAAUUAAUCUCGUCAAUGAACUCACGAAAAAGCGAAGUUCAACGGAAAACGGUGAUAUCGAAAACGCUAAAUUUGAUAACAUGGAGAUGAAUACUUUUCCUGAAUCCUCCACCUCGAACACGACCGACUCUUUCAUAUCGACAGUAUCGUCAUCCUCGGAAAAUAGCGAACCUUGUCCGGAUCGCGCGCCGGCCUACAUUGGCAAAGGAAUGUCACGCGCAGUUUAA